CUCCGACUAGCAAGGAAGGACGAUUGGAUCUACGAAGGUGUAACGCAGCGCAGUCGACAAUCUGCUCCUGAACGGAGAUGCUCGUUCGUCUCCUUUUCAUGGAUCGUUCGUGUCUCCGAUAAGAAAGAUUUUGAGAAACGUUAAAAAGUACGUAGAAACAUUUUUCGGUGAGAUCAAAAAUAAAAGUAAAAGACGGGGAGCAUUUUUUGUCAAGACACAAAUUGAACGAGAUCAUGUGUUUCCUACGAUCGAAUUAUCUUUGAUAGAAGAUUAAUCGAGAUUAGAAAAGAGACGAUAUAUAAAGGUUAAGAAUGCGGUGAUCGAAAUCGUCGAAAAAAACGGGGAAGCCCUCCGGGCUUCUUAAAGGAUUUCUGAAGACCCAAAGCCCGGGCCGAAUCAGGCCGGUCCCGGUGCGAAAAUGUUGGUGCCGGCUGAGAUGCUGGCCGCUCAGUCGAAAAUGGUGUACCAGAUCAACAAGUACUUCGGGGAACGCGUGAUGGGUAGAAAGAGUCAAGUGGCAAAAACGAUUCAAGAAGUUUGCAGGGUUGUGCAAGAUGUAUUGAAGGAAGUCGAGGUACAAGAACCUCGUUUCAUCUCUUCUUUGACGGAUUACAACGGUCGAUUCGAUGGUUUAGAUGUGAUCUCACCUACAGAGUUCGAGAUCGUUAUUUAUCUUAAUCAAAUGGGUGUUUUAAAUUUCGUCGAUGACGGCACGUUACCUGGGUGCGCUGUAUUGAAACUUAGCGACGGUAGGAAAAGAUCUAUGUCUCUUUGGGUAGAAUUUAUAACAGCGAGCGGAUAUCUGUCUGCCAGAAAAAUUCGAUCGAGGUUUCAAACAUUGGUCGCCCAGGCAUGCGACAAGUGCGCGUAUAGAGAUUCGGUCAAAAUGAUAGCAGACACGACGGAAGUGAAAUUACGGAUACGAGAGAGAUACAUCGUACAAAUUACGCCUGCGUUUAAGUGCGCCGGAUUAUGGCCAAGAUCGGCUUCACAUUGGCCAAUCAUCAAUAUACCUUGGCCACAUCCGAAUAUUGUUGCGGAAGUAAAGGCAGAGGGUUUUGAUAUGCUCUCGAAGGAAUGUAUCGGACUUCAGGGAAAACAGUCAGCCAUGGAGGGCGACGCUUGGGCGUUGUCCUUCAUCGAUGCCGAAAAUCGACUUCUCCAAGGUGCUAGUAGAAAACGUUGUCUGAGUAUUCUCAAGACGCUUAGGGAUCGACACCUUGAUUUACCAGGAAAUCCUGUCACCUGUUAUCACAUGAAAACUUUGUUACUUUACGAAUGCGAAAAACAUCCUCAUGAGGCAGAAUGGGAUGAGGCCUGUCUAGGCGAUCGAAUCAAUGGCAUUUUCUUACAACUUAUUUCUUGUCUCCAAUGUCGAAGAUGUCCUCAUUAUUUCCUACCUAACCUCGAUUUAUUCAAAGGAAAAUCACCGAGUGGCUUGGAGAACGCAGCUAAACAAGUCUGGAGACUUACAAGAGAAUUAUUAACGAAUAGCCGGGCUUUGGAGAAACUCUAGUUAACAAAAAAAAA